AUGAUGUCCUCUAACGUAUUGUCACGCUUUUUGCCCCCGACGGGCUCGCCAUCUGUCUACGAGACUAUUCGCCAGCAUGACGCCGGAUCCGAAUCCUCUGAUGUCGAAGAGCGUGCGGGGCUAGUCAUGGAGGAGCAACAGGAGCCAUUUAGCGACCGAGAGCUGGAGGAUGCACUAGCAGACGCACAGGAGAGCGACAUAAUCAGCCCCAGUACUGCACUCCUUGGCAAAACUCGGUCGGGCAAGACAACUGAAGAGCGAGCUCCUCAAUUUGGCACCCGCCGUCGCAAGGCUUCCCGGCCUCGAUGGAUGGCACAAGAAUCAACACUCGGCUAUGAGCUCGAUGAUCAAGACGAGGACGUCCCUCAGUCACUGCUAGUGGAAGGCCACCACGAGGAUUUGAGAUCACGGUUACCUCCCCCUCCCCAAACUCAUGAUCGUCCGGAUCGACAUAGAUCUCCUAGACCUGAAGCAUUCUCGCAUCCCACCAGAAUACAACGGAAUGAACCAGCAGCACGUCCACCCGACGAAAGCGGCCGUCCAUUAGGCUUAGGGAGAUGGUUCGCUGGGCAACACCCCGGUCUCGCGAAUAUUGACCCUAAGGAAAAGGCGAUGUGGCGAUGGGCGAAUGUGGAGGAUUUGGACAACUUUUUGAAGGAUGUCUAUACCUACUUUCUAGGGAACGGGAUCUGGUCUAUUCUGCUGACCCGGGUGCUGAACCUCUUGACCUUUGCAUUCGUCGUCGGCUUCUCAACGUUUUUGACCAACUGUAUUGAUUACUCCAAGGUCCGGCGGAGCAAAGCUUUGGACGAAGUCCUUGUACCCCAGUGCACAGCAAACAUGUCCGGGUCUUCCACUUUUCUGUUGUGGCUAUUCAGCUUCUUUUGGAUCGGGAAGCUCUUCCAGUACCUUCUAGACAUACGCAGACUCAAACAUCUGCAUGAUUUCUAUCUCUAUCUGCUUGGGGUCUCCGAUGCGGAGGUCCAAACGAUCUCGUGGCAGGAAGUAGUCAGUCGAUUGAUGGCGUUGAGAGACUCGAAUCCAUCUACCGCGGCCGCAGUAUCUCCCAGGCAUCGAAGGUUCCUGGGUAGUCAGUCGAAGCAGCGAAUGGACGCUCACGACAUUGCUAACCGCCUAAUGCGCAAAGAGAACUAUAUGAUUGCAUUGGUCAACAAGGAUAUUUUGGACCUAACUCUUCCUAUCCCCUUUCUCAAGAAUCGACAGCUAUUCUCCCGAACCAUGGAAUGGAAUCUCAACCUUUGUGUCAUGGACUAUGUCUUCAACGAGCAAGGCCAAUUGAGGACUUUAUUCCUCAAAGACACCCAUCGAAGAGCGCUGAGUGAUGGCUUACGUCGGCGUUUUGUUUUCGCCGGCGUCAUGAAUAUCUUUGUAGCCCCCUUCAUUGUGGUCUACUUCAUGAUGCACUACUUCUUCCGGUACUUCAACGAGUUCAAGAAAAAUCCGGGGCAAAUUGGCUCUCGCCAAUAUACACCCAUAGCCGAAUGGAAAUUCCGCGAGUUCAAUGAGCUCUGGCAUCUCUUUGAGCGUCGGAUCAACAUGUCUUAUCCAUUCGCCAGCCGCUACAUUGAUCAAUUCCCCAAGGAUAAGACCGUCCAAGUGGCAAGAUUUGUCGCUUUCAUCUCUGGGGCCCUUGCUUCGGUGUUGGCUCUUGCAUCGGUGAUCGACCCAGAACUCUUCCUUGGAUUUGAAAUCUCGCCUGAUCGGACUGUUCUGUUCUAUCUUGGUAUUUUCGGUACAGUUUGGGCUUUUGCGCGAGGGUUGGCCCCUGAAGAGACCGAUGUCUUCGAUCCCGAAUACGCACUCCUCGAGCUGAUUGACUUCACGCAUUACUUUCCUUCCGGAUGGAAAGGACGGCUGCAUAGCGAUGAUGUGCGGAAAGAAUUUGCUGUUCUCUAUCAGAUGAAGAUUAUGAUAUUUUUGGAAGAGAUCUUGAGCAUGAUCUUCACCCCUUUCGUCCUGUGGUUCAGCUUGCCCAAAUGCAGUGACCGUCUCAUUGACUUCUUCCGGGAGUUCACAGUGCACGUGGAUGGUGUGGGAUAUCUCUGUUCUUUCGCAGUCUUCGACUUCAAGAAGGGCACAAACGUGCUCUCCCAGGCCGGGCCUGGACGCCGAGACCCCACUAAACAGGAUCCACGAACCGAUUACUUUUCAACCAAAGACGGCAAAAUGCUUGCCUCCUACUACGGCUUUUUGGAUAAUUACGGCGCCAACAAUCCGCCAACUAACCGACGGCCAUUCCACCCACCGCCGACCCUACCUACUCUUGGUUCGCUCUCUGCAGCCGACUUUGGUGCUCUUCCCGAUCGGCAUGACCAUCUUCACAUGAGACCUGGGACAUUCGGUCCUCAGUCGCUGCUAGGUGCCUCUAAACCAAGGCCAAUGGGAGGGGUUGACCAUCGCUCUCCUGCCCCAUCCAUCCUCCUCGACCCGCACCACCAACCCUCAGCCUCUGCUUUCCGCCCCGCAACCCGCAUCAAGGCUUAUCAGCACCAGCGCUCCCGACUAAAACGCUCCCAGCACCCAUCGACCGACACCAUCGAUGACGAGGAAGAACCUCUGUCCGAAGAAGGCCGUGGCUCAGCCACCCGGCAGUCCGGUACUCGCACCGGCGCCUCCAGUGCGGGCGCCGGCACUAGUGACAGCAACCUCGGCGAAUCCUGGCGCAUGAACCCCCUCGGCAGAAACGAGGAUGAUGCCGACCAGGGCAAUGAUGAAAACAUUGACGAUAUCGCUGGUGGAGCUGGCGUUUUGGGCUUGAUUCAGCAAUUCCAAAAAGCCAACACUGAGGGCCGACGUACCAAUGUGGGCAUUUGA